AGCCGAAUAGAAACAAAAGCACAACCGUGGGUGCCCGCAACCAUGAAAGGCUUGCACUGUUUGCGAGAGCUGCUGCUCUUCCCGUGGACUAUGUCGUGAGGAGUGCCUUUCUUCGCUCGGAUUUUCGUCAAAAAAACCUCACACGCCAAGGAGGGGUAAAAGAUGUCCGCCUCUGUGGGGCCCCAAGGCGGCCCUCGCCCACCCACCGCGCCGACUUCUAUGCCUGAUCUGCCGGACCUCAGUCACCUCACGGAGGAGGAGAGGAAAAUUAUUAUGGCAGUGAUGGUUCGGCAGAAGGAGGAAGAGGAUAAGGAAGAUGCCAUGUUAAAAAGGCUGCACCAGCAGUUCGAGAGCUACAAGGAGCAGGUGCAGCGCAUCGGGGUGGAGACCCGCCGCCCCCCGGGACAGCACAAGGACGACACCCCCACCUGCGGGAUCUGCCGCAAGACCAAGUUCGCCGACGGCUGCGGCCACCUCUGCUCCUACUGCCAGACCAAGUUCUGCGCCCGGUGCGGAGGGCGUGUCUCCCUGCGCUCCAAUAACGUAAUGUGGGUAUGCAACCUCUGCCGUAAGCAGCAGGAGAUCCUCACCAAAUCAGGGGAAUGGUUCUCAGGGCGGGGCGCCAAGCCCCCCGCUCUGGGCCCGGCGGUCAGCGACCCGGCCAUGUGUGGUGAGGCGGGCGGUCAGGACAGGAAGGUGCGGUCCCGCUCCCAGAUGCCCCUCAGCACGCCCGGCGGGGCCCCCGACAGCGCCCAGCCCGCCGCCGUCGGCCCCGGCGACCGCAGCAAGACCCCCGACCCCGCCCAGAGCAACAUGGCCUCCCUCCGCUCCCGCAGCGAGCCGCCCAGGGACAAGAAGAGGCCUCUUUCGAUGCCGGAGCAGAACGGGAAGGUGUUGAUGCGUGGGGACCGUCGGCGGGGGCCGGUGAAGCCGGAGGACCGGGACGGGGGCGACCGGCGGGAGAGCCGGCGCCUGGAGAAGGGCCGCUCCCAGGACUACGCGGACGGGCCGGGGGAGGAGGAGGGCCGGAGGAGGCGCGAGGAAGAGGAGCGGCAGCGGCGGGAGGAAGAGUUCCAGACCCGUUACCGCAGCGACCCCAACCUGGCGCGCUACCCGGUGAAGCCGCAGCCGGAGGAGCAGGAGAUGCGCAUCCACGCCAAGGUGUCGAAGGCGCGGCACGAACGCAGGCACAGCGACGUGGCCAUCAACGAGGUGGGCCUCCCCGGGGAGGGGGACGCGCCCCAGAACCGGCUGGGCAGGCCGCGGGCAGGCGAGGGUGAGCGCAAGGCCGUCCUGGAGAACCACCGGUCCUACUCCGCGGACAGGACCGGCGGGGGCGGACCCCAGUCCAAACAGAACCACGGCCCCCAGCCCCCGGGGCCCCGGGCUGGGCCCCCCACCCCCGCGGGGCCCCCGGACCUCAGGGAGCCCCAGGACUGGGGCAGGCAGGCCCACCUGGACCCCAGCUCCGCCGCCCUCCUGCGGAAGGCCAAGCGCGAGAAGAUGGAGAACAUGCUGCGCAACGAUUCGCUCAGCUCCGACCAAUCGGAGUCGCUGCGCCCGCCCCCGCCCCGCCCCUACAAGCCCAAGCGGGGGGGCCUCAACAAGAGGCAGAUGUCCGUCAGCAGCUCGGAGGAGGAGGGAGGCUCCACGCCCGAGUACACCAGCUGUGAGGACAUGGACAUGGAGAGCGUCAGCGAGAAGGGUGACUGGGACUGCUAUCCUCUGGACCCGGCUGUGUGGCACCAUCCUGUUACAUGGCAGCCGUCCAAAGAGGGCGAUCACUUAAUCGGACGGAUCACUCUGAGCAAGAGAACGGCCAUGCCAAAGGAGGCUGGGGCCCUCCUCGGGCUGAAGGUCGUGGGCGGGAAGAUGACGGAGACGGGGCGUCUGGGGGCCUUCAUCACCAAGGUGAAGAAGGGAAGCCUCGCGGAUGUCGUGGGCCAUUUACGUGCAGGCGAUGAGGUUCUGCAGUGGAAUGGGAAGCCGUUGCCGGGAGCAACGAAAAAGGAAGUUUACAACAUCAUUCUGGAAUCCAAAUCGGAACCUCAAGUGGAGAUCGUUGUCUCACGGCCUAUUGGAAGUAUCCACCGCUUUCUUUCCAAAAACUUCUUGAGAAAGGUGUAUAAAGCAUAUCAAGAUAUACCACGGAUUCCAGAAACAUCACACCCUCCUUUAGAAUCUACAGGUUCAAGUUCCUUCGAAUCCCAGAAGAUGGAGCGGCCUUCCAUCUCCGUUAUGUCCCCUACAAGUCCUGGGACCCUCAGAGACAUCCCCCAGCUGCUCCCUGGACAACUCUCUGUCAAACUGUGGUACGAUAAAGUGGGCCAUCAGCUGAUCGUCAACGUGCUCCAAGCCAUAGACCUGCCUUCCCGGCUGGACGGGAGGCCCAGGAACCCCUACGUCAAAAUGUACUUCCUGCCUGACAGGAGCGAUAAGAGCAAGCGGAGGACCAAGACGGUGAAGAAGAGCGCGGAGCCGAAAUGGAACCAGACCUUCCUGUACUCCCACGUGCACCGGCGGGACUUCAGGGAGCGCAUGCUGGAGAUCACCGUGUGGGACCAGCCCCGCGUGCAGGAGGAGGAGAGCGAGUUCCUGGGGGAGAUCCUGAUCGAGCUGGAGACGGCCCUGCUUGAUGACACGCCCCACUGGUACAAGCUCCAGACCCACGAUGUGUCCUCUCUACCUCUCCCCCAACCUUCCCCCUACCUGCCCCGUCGCCACGGACACAGCGACAGCCCCAGCAAGAAGCUGCAGAGGUCGCACCGCAUCAUUGACACAGAUUACGAUGAUCAUAUUGCCCUAGUGACAGCAGCCGCAGAGAGGAACUCUCGGGAGAGAGAGCGCUCCAGCACGCUGAUGGUUCCGGAACACCAGAGGACCGCUCAGCACCGCUCCCGCUCCGUCUCCCCCCACCGAGAGGACCAGGGACGCACCCGCUCCCGCCCCCCCAGCGUGCCCAUGCAGAGGAGCCUGGAUGAGAUCCACCAGAACCGGCAGUCGCAUUCCCCCUUCCGUUACCAUGACUCCCGCUGCCACCAGGACCACAUGUCCCAGGACUCCGACCAGGACUAUUCGGAGGACAGUGAGGUCCUCAUGAUGCGCAGAUCAAUCCGGGGCGGGAGCGCCGAGUGCCUGCACACAAACAGGAGCUCAGCUCGACACAGUAAAAUACUCCCCCCAAAGAUGCCCUUGUUAGUCAAUGGCAUUAAUAAGGAGAUGUACAGCUCCACCCUCCCUGCAUGCGUAAAGACCAAGUCUCUGCUCAGACCAGACGGAGCCAUGCCCCCCCGCCCUGCUACAAUGCAGCGAGUGCUCAGAUUCACUGACCAGAUCACUGUUAGCGAUCUGCAGCCGUCUCUUGACAGGGUUAAAAGCGCUAGUACCAACUGUUUGAGGCCAGAUCCUAGUUUCCAUUCGUCUGAACGACAAAGGCAGGCCAGGGUUCUGGAGGGCCCGGGGUGUCAGAAAGCCAGCAGGAAACGCUCGGACUGUGACAGAGCACAUGCGCACAGAAGCCCCUCCCACUCCCCCCCCACAGGGACCCCCACAUCUGGCCGCAGGGGGAGACAGCUGCCCCAGGUCCCCCUGAAAAGUAGCACUAUAGAGCAAGCCCUAGCGGUGGAGGAGAGAGCUCGGCAGCUGCAGAUGAAGGUGCACUCCUACAGGACCUCCACCGCCUCCAGCUCCAGCCAGGACCUGGAGAUGGAGCUCAAGACCAAGCGUGAGCUCUACAAGGAGCAGAGGAGAAGCUCUGACAACAUGUCCGCUAAGUCCUCGGACAGUGAUAUCAGCGACGUGUCGGCCAUGUCCAUACAGUCAGAGAGACCUAGGGGACGCAUCAGGUCGAAGUCUUUAGAGAGCGACGAAGGGGCGGUGCAGAGGAAAGAGAGGCGGAUAUCGUGGGGGUUGUGUAGCACGGAGGAGGAGAGCGUGGGAGAGGGCCGUCUCUCAGAGGAGCUGAAGAGGAGGAGGCACACUGUGGGGGAUGUCAGCCGGCAGAUGCGUGCGUGUGGCCGCAGCAUGCUGAAGAGCACGAGUGUGAGCGGGGAGAUCUACUCGCGGGAGCGCACGGACGGCAGCCAGUCGGACACGGCGCUGGGCUCGCUGGGCUCCGGCGGGAAGAAGCGGCGCUCCAGCCUCAGCGCCCGCGUGGUCGCCAUGGUGGGGUCCCGCCGUAGCAGGAGCACCUCCCAGCUCAGCCAGACCGAAGCGGGCAGUAAGAAGAAUAAGAGCCAGAUCCAGCGCAGCCAGGAGACGGGGAUGGCGGUGGAGUACCCGCGAAACGCUGUGGCGCGGCAGGCCAGCCGAGAAUCCAACAACGGCAGCAUGAACAGCUACAACUCCGAGGGGAAUCUGAUCUUCUCAGGGGUACGCCUGGGGGCGGACAGUCAGUUCAGCGACUUCCUGGAUGGGCUGGGCCCGGCUCAGCUGGUUGGCAGACAGACCCUCGCCACUCCUGCCAUUGGGGACAUUCAGAUCGGAAUGAUGGACAAGAAGGGUCAGCUGGAGGUGGAGGUGAUCAGAGCCCGUGGCCUCAUACAGAAACCAGGAUCCAAAUCCCUCCCAGCUCCGUACGUUAAGGUCUAUUUGCUGGAUAACGGAGCGUAUGUAGCCAAAAAGAAAACAAAGAUUGCACGAAAAACACUCGACCCCUUAUACCAGCAAGCGCUGCUUUUCGAGGAGAGCCCACAGGGUAAAGUACUGCAGGUCAUAGUCUGGGGAGACUACGGGCGAAUGGACCACAAAUGCUUCAUGGGCGUUGCACAGAUCCUACUGGAGGAGCUGGACCUAUCGAGUACGGUGAUUGGCUGGUACAAACUGUUUCCGCCCUCUUCAUUGGUGGAUCCCACGCUAGCCUCGCUCACUCGACGCGCUUCCCAGUCGUCGCUCGACAGCUCGUCGGGGCCCCCGGGUGUCCGGUCCUAGUGGACUCGCAGGAACCGAGGAGGACGAGAGAACGAAGAAGAAGAAGAAGAAGAAGAAGAAGAAAAGAAACCUAGAGCAACAAUCAGAAACGGACAUAAUCAAGAUCAAAGCUUUGCUGGAGCCUGACAAUCACUCCUGUAGCUUUUUUUUGAGUAGCCUAGGGCUGUUUUUUUCCCCUCUUUCUCUUACAUUUUGUCAUUCUUUUAUUUCUCGUUUGUUUGUCUGUGAGUUUGUUUGUUUGUUUUAAUAGGGCUGUCACAGAAAGCGAGUGAAAACCGAGGCGAUUAAGGGACCACAGGGUUUUACACUAAAAACAGGCGACUAUGAGGAACCUGCAGUACCGUCGUAUAGACGGAUCGCUGGGCCCUGACCGUCCGGAGGCGUUCCGCACUAGCAGCCGGUGUGAUGUCACCGCAGCGCCCCCAUUCCAAACACGGCCGUUCCCGUUCCGUGUCUGUUUCCCGAGCACGUGGCCUUUCCCGGCGUGCAGUGGGACCGGUCCCGGGGUGGCACUCUCUGGCACAAAGCCCGUUCCUGUCCGUUAAUCACGAGCCCGCUCUGCCUUUCCUCUCCCCCCGUGCCCUCUCUCUGUCUUCUGCACACAGGCACUCACAUUUUGCAUCAUGGGAAAAAAAAUAAAAAAGAUUUUUUUAUGUUUUCUGAUGUUUGCAUGGAAUCAAAAAAAAAAGAAAAGGAGAAAAAAUGUAAAAUGAAAAAAGAAAGCAAUCUGUGCUGCCGAUGCUGGGGACUUUUUAGAAGAAGCAGCGUCACUUUGAUUUGAUUAUGAUUAUGAUUAUGAUUAUGAUUCUCAUUAUUCUGACAGUGAAACGCUUGCUUGUGAUGCUGCUUACUCCGUCAUGAACACGUGGGACCGGAGCCUCCGUACCGAUGUACACUCUGACCUCCCCCGAGGGGUCGGCCAAUAAGAGGGGCUUUGAGCUGUUACCAUGGAGACGCCCCGCCCGCCACGGCGAGAGCGAGAUUCAAAAACAAAAUACGAAAUAUUAAAGAAUAAAUAUAUGAAAUAUUCGGUUCAGUUUCACUGACUGUUUUAAGGGAGGUAACCCUGCACAUGUUAGAGUUUUUAUCAGACUUCUGUUUACAUUAUUUUGAGAUUUAAACGCAAGCACAAGAGCUUGAUUUUUUACUGCAAAAAGUUUAACUUUUUGAAAAAAAAGAGAUGAAAAACAGAAAAAAGUCAAAUUAAGAUUUGCUUCUUUUAUGUCCGUUUCAUUUCCUCUUUGCCUAGAUUUGUGGGGGAAACAUACAAAAACGAAAAAAGCAAAAACAAACAAACAAAAAAAACAAAAUAAAAGACAAACGGAAUCAUUCAGAAUUCCCUCAUGCAUUUUCUGUGAAUGUGACAGUUUAACCAAUCAGACGGGCUGGGAGAAAGAAAGCAGGACACAACCAACCAAUCACAGGCCUCCUUCUGUCCUCCCGGCGAGGGGCAGCAUGACUCUGGAACUGUUCCAAGCUGCAUGCACAUUUUGUAAAACAAAGCAGACACAAAAAGAAGUUAUUGAACUAGAUACGUGUGUUAGUCCCACAUACUGUAGGCCAGCUUGUAUGUUGCAUGUCCUUGUACAGAUUGCUCGUAAUUAAUAUAAAGAGAUAACCAAGAAGCCGAAGCCAUUCAUACCGCGUGUGUAGACGUUUCGGCGCAGAACCAGUCCAGAACACGUCCGUUAUACUGGCGCCGGAGGUUUUUUUAAAACGCUCUUACGUUGUAUUUAAUUUACCCUACCGAAGAAAGUGCUUUAGUGUAGCACCAAGAUAGCCCAAGCCUUCUGUUGUCCAUCAUUUACACUCUGUUUUGGCUGGUACUAAAGUAGAACAAAUAUAUAUGUAUAAAUAAAAUCAAACAAUAUAUAAAGUCUAAUUAUCCUAAAUUUACAUAAGCAGAUGUUAUAUAUAUAUAACAUCAUGUAUGAUGUAUCAUACAUGAGAUGUGAUUAUAUAUGAACACACAGACACUCACAAACGCUCGACACACAGUAUUUGUCAGAGAUGACAGUGUGAAUCUGUGAUUUUUUUGUGAGAAUUCCCACUCAGAUUUCUUCGAUUGAAGCCCGGUCUGCAGAGGACCGCCAAGAUGGCCCUGUCGCACACCGGGGUGCCUUGGGGGGCUUUAAAGUUUUAGCUGGCCGAGCUCAACACUGGGCGAUGAUUCCCCCUGUUCUAAAACAUACGUCGGAUCACGGCCCCCACCCCCUCUUUAACCCCAACCUUCAUGUCAUGUAAACAUGUUUAAUAAAGUCUACUCCUGUCCGUGAGGUUUAUUUCUUUACUUUGUCAGUAUUACUGAAAAUAAAAUAUGGAAAAAAAAUAAAAUAAAUAAAAUAAAAUGCUGAUUGUUUACAAUUUAUGUGUUCCACUGAAACAAAAGAACGUAUAAAAAAGUAUUCACUGCAACAUUUCUUGUUUGUAUAACAGAUGUGGCUCAAAUGAUGUGUAUGUUUUAUAUUAAAAGAGUUCAUUUUUAUUAUUUACAAAUAAAAGACUGUGUGGAAGAAAAUUUA